CAAACGAGACAUCGAGCUGCUGCUAAAGCUCGUGGCGAACCUGAACAUGCUGCUGCGGGACGAGAGCGUGAACGUGGUGAAGAAGGCCAUUCUGACCAUGACGCAGCUCUACAAGGUCGCCCUGCAGUGGAUGGUGAAAUCCAAGAUCAUCAGCGAACUGCAGGAAGCCUGCUGGGACAUGAUGUCCGCCAUGGCGGCUGACAUCAUCCUCUUGCUGGACUCGGACAAUGACGGUAUCCGCACCCAUGCCAUCAAAUUUGUGGAAGGCCUCAUCGUCACUCUGUCCCCCCGAAUGGCUGACUCGGAGGUGCCACGACGCCAGAAGCACGACAUCAGCCUGGACCGCAUCCCCCGGGACCACCCCUACAUCAACUACAAUUUACUCUGGGAGGAGGGCAAGGCGGCCCUUGAGCAGCUGCUGAAGUUCAUGGUCCACCCGGCGAUCUCCUCCAUCAACCUGACCACCGCCCUGGGCUCUCUGGCCAACAUUGCCCGGCAGCGGCCCAUGUUCAUGUCCGAGGUGAUCCAGGCCUACGAGACCUUGCACGCGAACCUGCCGCCAACCCUGGCCAAGUCGCAGGUGAGCAGCGUGCGCAAAAACCUGAAACUGCACCUGCUCAGCGUCCUCAAGCACCCGGCGUCGUGCGAGUUCCAGGCCCAGAUCACCACCCUGCUGGUGGACCUGGGCACCCCGCAGGCCGAGAUAGCCAGAAACAUGCCCACCGGCAAGGAGCCGCGGCGGCGCCAGCGGGACGACCCGGACUCGGCCCUCAAGAAGAUAAAGCUAG